CACACACAGCGGCUCGGUGGUGGGACAGAGCUGGCGGAGGGAGAGUGCGCUUCCCGGGGAUCUGUGCUCUGUCUGGGCUUGACGGGGGACCGGGAGAGAGAUAGAGAGAGCUCCAUGAGGUGACGGUAAACUGGGAGCGGACAUCAUGGCUAUGGGGGCUUGAGAAGUGUGCAAGAACUAUAUAGGGGCUGGGAAGUUUUCUGGGAAGUUAUAUAGGACUAAGUUACAUAGUCAUUGGGGUCUUCUGGGGGGCUAAGGAGCAUCAGCAAGACCUUGCAUGGAGUAAGUAGGAGCCUAUUGCUACUUAGGAUCUUAUAUAGUGAAUUAUUAGGGGUGUUUUUCACUAGUGUCAUUCCCCUUUAAGUCUAUUGGGAGUGCAUAGGGGGUAGAAGUUACUGGGGGGUGCCCUAAGAAAGUGCGCCAGACCCGGAUCUACAAGCGGCAUCACCUUAAAGUCGCAUUGAGGUGAGACAUGCCCCGGCUGAACUCCAUCUGCACCUCUCUCACCUCCACCCUGUGACCCUCCCUUCUUCAAUCAACCGUAUCCGGCUCCCUAGUCUCCAGCCCCAGGACUCUGAGAAAAUGUUAAAAGCUGUUUUAAAGAAGAGCCGAGAGAGUGUGAAGAACAAGAAUCAAGCUGAAGAAAGCACACAACAUAUCUUAUUCACCGGUAAUAAUGUGGAUUAUCCAAUCGUCAGUCCGGGCAUCCAGGAUGACCUCUACAAAAUGGGCUUCACCAAGGGAGUCUCUGUCUCUUUACCAUCAUCUCCUCUGCUGCCCCGCCAGUCAUACUCCAUGCAACAAAGAGCCCCCAAGAAAUCACCAGGGCCAAUGAGGAAGCCCAAGUAUGUUGAGAGUCCGCGAGUGCCAGGAGAUGUAAUGCCAUUGAGAAAAGUCUCCGAGUUGCCGGACCCCAACCAGAAUGAAGCCGCUCUGGAUAAAAAUUCAGGUUGUUCUCCCGCAGCUCAGGAGCUCAUGACCAGACUGGGAUUCUUGUUGGGCGAAGGGAUUCCGAACUCUGCUCGAGUAUCUAUGGAUGAGAAGAAUGAGACUAUGUGUACAGUGACAAGUCACGGGAUAAGUCCCUGCUCUACACUCACUAACAGCACGGCCUCCCCGAGCACUGCCAGUCCCUGCUCCACACUGAACAGCUGCAUCAGUAAUACUGCGCCCAACAGAACCAGUCCCAGCGGAACCAUCAGCAGUCCCAGCUCCACACUGGAAAGCAAAGACAGCGGCAUCAUAGCCACCAUCACGAGUUCGUCGGAGAACGAUGACCGCAGCGGUUCCAGCUUGGAAUGGUGCAAAGAUGGCAGCUUGAGGACGGGAGGCCAUCCGGGGAUAAUUCUUGAGCGGAGGACAGAUAACUGCUCACCCGUGGUGGAAGAGGAAACCUGCGGUGGUGUGGAAAAUUUGCCCAAAACUGACCCAUCUACUGGAGAAGGCCCGGUCUCCUACAUGCAGAAUUCCAGCUCUUUAGUAAUGCAGCGACCAAACUCUGUGGCAGCUACGAGUUCCACAAAACUGGAAGAUUUGAGUUAUUUGGAUGUUCAGAGAAAUGCGCCACUGAGGACAUCCAUUCGCAUGCCCUGGCAUAACACAGCAGGGACCCGCGUGCAGCAGGAAAUCAAAGCUCGCUUUGUCCCCUACAAGCCACAGGACAUUCUGCUGAAGCCGCUGUUGUUCGAAGUGCCAAGUAUAACAACAGACUCAGUGUUUAUUGGAAGGGGCUGGCUCUUUCAGGAGAUAGAGGAAAAGCUGAGUUGUUCGGAGCUGCCGGAGAACCGGGGCGUCGCGAUCGCUGGCAGCGUUGGGUUUGGAAAGACGGCAAUAAUUUCUAAGCUGGUGGCGCUCAGCUGCCAUGGGACUAGAAUGAGGCAGAUUGCCUCAAAUAGCCCUUGUUCAUCUCCAAAAGGUAGUGACCAUGCCCUGGAGAUCCCCUUGUCUCAGACAUCUCCGCUCAGCCUCGGCAUGUGUGGUGCUAACACUAUGAAAUCCCUGGGCUCCCAUGGAAGUCCGGAGCACCAGAAGAUGAUGGAUGAGUCACUUAAACAUCUGGCUUCCAAGGUUGUUGCGUAUCAUUACUGUCAGGCGGACAACACAUACACUUGCCUAGUGCCGGAGUUUGUGCACAGUGUGGCGGCUUUAUUGUGCCGCUCGCAUCAGCUGACCGCGUACAGAGACCUUCUUAUCAGGGAAACCCAUCUUCAGAGCAUGCUCAGCCUGCGGUCUUGUGUACAGGACCCUUUGAGUGCCUUUAGAAGAGGGGUCCUUGAGCCAAUGACUAGUCUUCGUCGAGAACGGAAGAUCCCAGAAGAGGAAUUCAUUAUCUUGGUUGAUGGUUUGAAUGAAGCGGAAUUCCACAAGCCGGAUUAUGGCGACACCAUCGCUUCUUUUAUAAGCAAGAUAAUUCCAUCAUUUCCAUCCUGGAUAAAGCUGAUUAUGACCGUGCGCUCGAACUUUCAGGAAAUAACAAGUUCGCUGCCCUUGUCCAAGAUUUCCUUAGAUGAUUUCCCAGAGAACAAAGACAUUUACAAUGACCUGACGGCCUAUAUACAAUACAGACACAGCACUAGCCAGGAAAUUGCAAACAAUAUCUCUUUAAAUGGGAAAACAGAUGCCACCAGCUUCGGCAAACUGUGCGAUCACUUGGUGAUGCGGAGCCAGGGCUCUUACCUUUACCUGAAGCUCACCUUGGAUCUAUUCGAAAGGGGCCACUUGGUGAUCAAGAGUUCGAGCUAUAAGGUGGUGCCGGUGUCCGUCUCGGAGCUUUAUUUGCUCCAAUGCAACAUGAAGUUCAUGACCAAUUCAGCCUUUGAGAAGGCACUUCCAAUCUUGAACCUGGCUCUGGCCUCACUGCACCCCAUGACGGAUGAGCAAAUAUUUCAGGCCAUCAAUGCCGGCAGUGUUUAUGCCGAACAUAACUGGAAAGACUUCCAACAGCGCAUGGAACUCCUAUCCUGCUUUUUAAUCAAGAGAAGGGACAAGACACGCAUGUUUUGUCACCCGUCCUUUAGGGAAUGGCUGGUAUGGAGGGCUGAUGGAGAGAGCACACAGUUCCUAUGUGACCCACGAAGUGGACAUGCCCUCUUAGCAUUCAUGUUUUCUCGACAAGAAGGGAAGUUAAAUCGCCAGCAGACCAUGGAACUGGGCCAUCAUAUUUUAAAAGCGCACAUAUUUAAGGGACUCAGUAAGAAAAGUGGAGUAUCCUCCAGCACUCUGCAGGCCUUGUGGAUCGGGUACAGCACAGAUGGUUUGUCCGCAGCGCUCGCUUCUCUGAGAAACCUGUACACCCCGAACAUUAAGGUGAGCCGACUUUUGAUCUUAGGCGGCGCCAAUGUGAACUACAGAACUGAGGUUCUUAACAACGCCCCUAUAGUGUGUGUCCAGGCUCACCUCGGCCACGAGGAGAUGGUCAGCCUUUUGCUGGAAUAUGGGGCCUUUGUGGAUGGGGCAUCAGAAAGUGGAAUGACGCCUCUGUGCUACGCUGCUGCCUCGGGACACUUCAACAUCCUGAAUCUUCUUUGCAAAAAAGGAGCCAAGGUGGAUCACAUAGACAAGAAGGGGCAGAGCGCUCUGGUGCACAGCGCUCUGAGAGGCCAUUGCGACAUUCUCAAGUAUUUAUUGAACUGUGACUGGACGUCCUCUAACCAGCAGCCAAACUACGUGAGGAGAAGUCACGCUCUGCAGCAGUCGCUGACCGCGGCGGCCAGCAUGGGACACACAGAGGUGGUGAAAUGCCUUUUCAGCCAUGAUAAAGAUUACCCAAUAGACAUCAAUGAGAACGAUACCCUGUGGGGAGAGACAGCUCUUACAGCAGCUGCAGGACGGGGGAAGCUGGAGGUCUGUGAGCUGCUUCUCGACCACGGAGCCGUCUUAUCCCGACUAAACAGACGUGGCAUCUCUCCACUGUUUUGUGCUGUGCGCCAAGGACAUUGGCAGGUUGCCAGGUUGCUCAUGCAGCACGGCUGUGAUGUGAAUCUGUGUGACAAGCAAGGCAGGACCCCUCUCAUGGUCGCUGCGUGUGAGGGGCAUUGUGGUACCGUGGAGUUCCUUCUGUCAGAGGGGGCGGACAUUGCAGCGCUGGACAAGGAAGGUCUGACUGCCCUCAGCUGGGCUUGCCUCAAGGGCCACAAAGCCGCCGUCCAGUGCUUAGUAGAAAGAGGCUCUACUAUUGACCAGAUGGACAGAAAUGGCCGCACGCCGCUGGAUUUAGCUGCUUUUUAUGGAGACGCUGAAAUCGUGCAGUAUUUGGUGGACAACGGCGCUAUGAUUGAACAUGUGGACUACAGCGGGAUGAGGCCUUUGGAUCGUGCUAUCGGCUGUAGAAACACUGCGGUUGUGGUGACUUUGCUCAGAAAAGGAGCAAAAUUAGGAAAUGCAGCAUGGGCAAUGGCAACAUCCAAGCCGGACAUCCUAAUUAUUCUCCUACAGAAGCUAAUGGAUGAAGGCAAUAUACUGUACAGAAAGGGAAAAAUGAAAGAAGCCGCGCAGAGGUAUCAGUACGCACUAAGAAAGUUUCCUCGCGAAGGAUUAGGAGAAGAGAUGAAAGCGUUCAAUGAGCUGCGGGUCUCCCUCUACUUAAACAUGUCCAGAUGUCGCCGAAAAAUGAACGACUUUGGUAUGGCUGAGGAGUUUGCAUCCAAGGCACUAGAGCUGAAACCAAAGUGCUACGAAGCUUAUUAUGCGAGAGCGAGAGCAAAACGGAACAGCAGGCAGUUUAUUGCCGCUCUUGCCGAUCUCCACGAAGCUUUGAAAUUGUGUCCCAACAACCAAGAAGUAAGAAGACUUUUAUCCCGUGUAGAAGAAGAGUUCAAACAGCACCAGAGGUCACAACAGCAGAAACAAUUCCAACCUCCCCCGCCACCAAGCAAUGACUCUGAUCAAGAGGACGAGGCCAUUGAAGAAACCCUGGGCAACCACCUUAAUUUUGAGGAGCUUCAAGAGGAUGACUGUCCAACUUCUGAUAAACUCCUUGGGAACUCAAAACCACAAGAUUUGGCAAAUAACAAUAAAAUACAGGAACAUAGUAAUCAAAGAUACCUUCCCGAACCUCCGGAAGACCUUCAAGGGAAGAAUAUAUGCCUACAGCAAGCAUUGGUACAAAGACCAACAAAACAGGCCCAGAUAGUGAAAACCAACCAGCACAACUCUCUGCAAUCCAUGUCGAGGUCUGGGAACAGUUUUUCUACUCCAAAAAAUUCAGUUCCUUCUAACUUAGUACCUUCAAGUCCACUUCCAUUGAGGCAGUCUUCCAACCAAGCCAGUUUCAGAGGGCCUAGUGUAGAUGCAACACAUUCGGUGUCAGGGUCUCAUGGUCCUGUGUACUCUGAGAAGCUUCCAACUGGACAUCCCAUCCACAAACAGCCGGGGGAAGUUAUGCCGCCAUACAGGUCCUCGGGAUCCUUUGUUUCUAAAACAUCAGAAAGAUAUGUUGGUCUGUCUCCACCCCGGGAAACCCAGUCAACUAUCGAAAAACCCAUUGUGACAGAAAGCAAAAGAAUAGCCUCACAUGGCUUGACUUCAAGCAGUAGUUUUUCUGAGGGUGUUAAAGGACCUGAUGUGCGAAGUAAAGAAAUUAAGACAAGCCAAACUCUUAGUGCAACUGAGCAGAGAGCAAGGAACAUACCGUUUAUGGGCAUCAUGGACAAAACAGCCAGGUCCAUCCAGCAGACCACUCAGCCAAGUCGAAGUUGGCAGAACCAGACACUGGAUGUAAACACCAACCCUCCCGGGUCUAUUCAGUCUGGAAAUUUCCCUACCAGGCAGGCAAGUACUUACGGGAAUCACAACAAAACCAUGCCAAAUGUAUACGGAGGCCUUAUUCACAAUGGGAUUCACUCUAAAGACUCUGAGGAAGGGAAGAGUCAAGCAUCCAGCCACACCCAGGAUCUAAAAGUGUCCAAGGUGGUCCACAAGUCAUACCAAGAAGCUAUGGUGAGGUCGCAAUCUCUUCUGGUUAAAGACUCAAAUUUAGGCUCAUUGUCCUCUUCAAAACCAAAGCGAUCUUUCGUGGAAUCCAAUGUGUGAUCCACCAAUUUAGGACAAACCUGACACCAACUCCUCAUUGAUGGAGGGAGCGUUUUUUUCUUCUGGUGCUGAAUUGAGCAGAAACUUCUUUGCUGUUCCAAUGGCUGCACUCGUGAAUUCAACAGGCAGAUACUUCACCUCACUGUUGGCUGCUUUUUCUUUGUAUUUUCUUGGAGAAGCAACAAUUUCUUCUUAUUGGGUGCCACAUUUGGGUUAAAUUUGGUUGCCAUUUUAACAGAAAAGGAAACCGUAAGCUGAAAAUAAAACAUUUACAUGGCUUUAUCUGUUAAAUGAACAUGUUUGGCACAGGAGCGAAGAUGUAGCCAAAUAUUUUUCAAAGAGGCUGCUGGUCAGUGUCGAUGGAUUGGUCUGCCACAACCGCUUUGGGUUCGGGAGCAGGUAUAAAUGUUGGGAAUCAAUGUAGAAGAUUCCUUCUCGUUCACUGCCCGGUGCAGGUUAAGGACUCCCAACAGCUCUGGAGGAACUUUACGCAACUUGGUCUUCAGAAUGUUACCAAAUUACAAUGUACAAUGUGUAUAAAGCUAAAGCAAGCAAGAAUUUAAGAAUAAAUCGCCUUAUAUGCCUUUAACAAUACUAUGUGGAGCAAAUGUACUGUAACCGACAGCAACCAAACAGAUUCUUCUUUAUAAUAGCUGUCCUUUAUAUAGCACAUCACACGAUAAUUACAUAAAAUUUAUUACACUAUAUAACAUAGGACAUACUUAUCAUCAUACCAGAAGCCUAUCAAAAGACGGUUUCAGUUUAGUCUAGUAAAAUAUCUGGUUGACUGUUUUGUACUUCGCUACUUUUGUUUUUCACUAUUGUUGCACCAGUAAAAGAUGAUGUUAUCCAUUGUCACCAUUUUCUGCAUUUAAAAGGGGUUUUCCAGGAUUAAAACAUUGAUAGCUUAUCCGUGGCCUGGCCGUAUACAUUAGUUUGUCAGACAGCAGCUAAGUCUGUGUUCACGCUUGCGUUGUCCUUCCCAUUGUUCUGCCACUUCAUCGCACCAGCAGAUCUGUUGCAUGCCGGACACCAAUGGUGACUUUAAAGGGAUUAUCCAGUUAUUAAAAAUGUAUCCCCUAGCUAAAGGAUAGUGGAUAAGUGUCUUAUCCCGAGGGGUCCAACCACUGGGACCCCUGGCAAUCUCCAGAAUGGUGCCCAAGUGUGGAGUCUACACGCUCCGUUAAUGCAUUCCCUAUCAGAGUGCUGAAGACAGAUGAGUACAGCACUCGUGUAUCUCCAGUGCUCCCACAGAGAAUGUAUGAAGGGGAAGUGUUGACCAGUUCUAAGGGGCACCUCGUGUUCUCCAGAAUAGUGCCCAACUCUUACUGUUGAGCACGCCAACCCCCACCUUUCGAGACAGACAAGUCUGGUCUGUGGCGGCAAGCUCAGCCAAUUUCAGUCUGAGGUGGGUCACCGAUCUGUUCUGGAGAUCACGAGGGGUCCCAGUUGUCCGACCAUAAUCCUGUAGCCAUUGGAUAGGCAAUACCUUUUAAUAACUGCAUAACCCCAUUAAUGGGGUCUGUUGGGUUUCCAGUGUCCACAGGAACAUAUGACUGAGGCCGUUGCACGGAAAUGAUGCAUUCUCAGCCUUGACUGUAGGUUGUUGUGUUAGAGCAGCGAGAGUCCACCACCAUAUUAGAGCAGCGAGAGUUCGACCACCAUAUUAGGGCAGCGAAAGUCCGACCAUCAUAUUAGAGCAGUGAGAGUCCGACCACCAUAUCAGAGCAGCGAGAGUCCGACCACCAUAUCAGAGCAGCGAGAGUCCGACCACCAUAUCAGAGCAGCGAGAGUCCGACCACCAUAUCAGAGCAGCGAGAGUCCGACCACCAUAUCAGAGCAGCGAGAGUCCGACCACCAUAUUAGAGCAGCGAGAGCCCGACCACCAUAUCAGAGCAGCGAGAGCGCGACCACCAUAUUAGAGCAGCGAGAGUCCGGCCACCAUAUCAGAGCAGCGAGAGUCCCACCACCAUAUC